UGAAAAGACCGAAAAGUCUAAGAGGGGCAAAAAAAGCUUACGAGGUCUAGAAAGGACUGUUCGGUGAGGCUUGCCUUACCGAUCCAAUCCCCUCUUUGAUUCCUGGAUACACUAUAAUGUAUUUAUGAAUCUGUUUUAUAACCGAAAGAAUCAGCUUUUUCGUGCUGUUAGGAAUAGGCGAUGGAUGCAUGCCUACUUCGCCAAACGGCCCGCCAAGAUGCGUCACAACUUAUCCCAAAUACCCUGUAUUUUUCAAACUCCCUUCACGCUCGCAGCAAUUGGGCAGACUAGUCAGGCAGGAUUAUUAAUGUAAUACUCUAAAGCUUAGGUAAAAACCUUCACUAUGUCCAUGCAAGAAGGCUUAGAUCCGCCCAAAAUAUAAACUAGAUCGCUAUGGCAUGAAAACCCACCUCAGAAUUUCGCCGUUAUGCAAGGGAAUCGUACACGAAAUCAGCCAACUUUGGCAAUUUUUAUUCUACAAUUCAUCCUAGUCAAUACAUUUUUACAUGAGAUAAAAGAUGUUACCAAAAACAAUCUCUAGGAAAAUAUAAUUAUAGCUCAGGUACGCUUGCACGUAAGUCUAUAUUUGUUUCAAGUUGGCCGAGUGAUAUCAACUAAUCGAUGAAGGCGUAAGGACCUCGUGUUAUUAUCACGCAUUAAAUCCAUAGUAAAUGUCUAGAAUUGGCCAAACGCGUAUUCCCAACGCUCAGAUAAUAUGCCACAAACAGUUGAUUCGACGACAAACCCUUCCUUAUUAGAUUUCCUAUAACGCUAAUUGAAUAAAAUACUGGAGAUACAUAAUGAAACACCGCUUUCUGAUGCAGUCUAUCGAGUGUAGCUCAUGUGGUUACUCGUAGUAAGUACGGUUCUAUGACUAUGGAUAAUUUGGUAACAUGUAUUUGAACAAAAACGUCCGAAAAACCACGAUGUCCGGUAACGCGGUCCCUGUGCAGGGAGACGUUGUUUCCUUAUGUGUCGGAAGUCUUCGGUCACAAAAUGUAUUCGCACUAGGUGUCGCCACAUUCAACAAAUGCUGUUCAUCGCCAAUCAUUGCAACAAGCCAGUCCCAGCUAGAGAAUCAAUGGCGGUCUCUUUUAGCUUCAAACUAGCCAAUUACCUAUUCCAUCGUUGUUAUCGUCGGCAUCAUUAGUUGCCGGUACGAUAUAUAUGACCAUUUCGUGGUGUGACUAGAAGAAUUACGGACAACCAUUUCAAAUUAAACUAUUGCUACAUCAUUCUGUAAAGGAUGGUGCCCAUCACGACGGCGUAGAACGAACGUAACCAAAACAGCUUCACGUGCAAAUGUGCUGACAUGAUCUGAAAAACCGCAGCCUCGGCAGCUGAAUUCCGUUGUUUGCCCUCCCCACAUUUCGCCGGCGAUGCUAACAACAACCGCGGUCCUCCCGGCCACUCCGGGCAGCCACGCGAGCGCGCCCGCCACGACCAGCUGCGGUUCCGCCAGUAACAACUCCCUUCCUGGCACGACCAGCUCCUCGCCACCAGCACCGCUAUCAACAUUACUCCAGCCGCCGGUGAUUUUAGUAUGUCCCCCAUCCACAUCAUCGUCGGCUGAAAGGCCAUCUUUCGACGUCAUCGAGAAAACCCCCCGCGCGACAACCACGACUGCUGGUAGUAGUAGCAGUAACGGCACUGGCAGCGGUGUCUCCUUCGAGUAUAUUGAUAACGGUGACAAUAGUUCGAUCAGUAGGUCGAAUGAUACAUCUGCUACAACUUACUCGAACUGUAUUGAGUCCACGUUACAGCAGUCGUUGCCGGCACUAAUAAUUAGUUCCUCUGAGUUGAGCAAGUCCGAAUCACUGGGUUCAGCGCAGAUGCCAGCAUUUUCAGUAUCGUCGCCAGCAACAGCCAUACCUACAGGGGCGUCAACUUCUACGUCUACUUCAACCUUAUCGACAUCACCGUUAUCCUCAUCAUCCGGAAGUGAAUCGAGUGGCGGUCCUCGAGUUCGUCGUAGGGGCACAGCGAACGGCAUGUCUCUUGAGCUGUACACACAGCAGCCGACGCAGGUGUUUCGGCUACCAGCAGCGGCUCAAGACCCAACGCCUGCUGCAACCUUGGGCCAGAUGUUAGAUUGCCGUUUCCCCGCUCAAGCUCAUGACACAACGAGUAUCUAUGUGGCUGCUCAGAGGCGGCAGCGCCUGCAAAAGGAAAAAGAGCCUACUAGACGGUCAUCAACAAAUGUUCCGCCAUCAAAAAGUUGCUUAUCACCUAACUCGUCUCGCUCAGAGCCAACGUCACCAACAAAAGUCAAGCGUAAAGUGUCGUUUGCCGACGACAAGGGCCUUUCGCUAACUGAAGUCCGAGUGAUGAAAAACGAAAUUAAUGAGCUGCCUCGUUGGACACAGCAGCUACUCUUCCAGUCACUUCCGACGCGCAACGAAAGCACCGUUAUCAACACAUGGGAUCCUUUGUUUCCGCAACCUGCUUCAGAUUAUCUCGCGUUCCGGAAGCGCAUCGAGGAAAACAACGUGGCCCUGGAAAACGUCAUCGUUAAGAAAGAUGACGACCUCCUGACUGGUACGAUUAAAGUAAAAAAUCUCACCUUCGAAAAACACGUGUUUGUGCGAGCGACGUUUGAUUGCUGGGCAAGCUACUGCAACUAUCCGGCAAUUUUCGUCUCUCAAGGCACGUGUCCCGUGCCAGCGCUCUUUGAUACGUUCUCAUUUAGUAUCAAAGUACCAGCGAGCGCCGCACGAUAUGGCAUCAUCGAAUUGUGUGUCGGUUACAAAACGCCCCACAGAGAAUACUGGGAUAGUAAUGGCGGUAAGAACUACAAGCUUGCCUCGGUGACACGCCGAACCUCAGACAACACUUCUCCAGUAGUGGCUGCGACCCAAGUUGGAUUUAUUCCGCCUGUGCAUAAACUUGCCUCCUACUCUACCUCGGACAUUGCUGGUUGGACCGAUUUUUCAUCGUGGAAUCAAAUCCUUUCGCAGGGGCCGUAUUGGUAAAUCAGACAAAGCGUACAACAGAUCACAUCAUGAUUGCGAACCGACCAAGUACACGAAAAAUAUUGAAUCGUUUCAAAAAUCUAUUGUUAUCUAUUCGCGCUUUUCAGUGAAAAGUAAAAAAUUUCAUACAGUUUUCCCGUCAGAGAAAAUUUACCGAUGCCUUUUCAAGUAGACUUCCAUCGUUGUCAGGAAAGGUAGUGAAACUGUGGUCUUUCUGUAGAAGAGCCUGUUACUUCUGCAAAUCAAACAAUGGAAGCAGCAACCUACAUAUGGUGAUGAUUAACUUUAUUAUUAUGGUUGUUACUUCUACAAUAAUACAAUUUGUAUUUAAUAGUAGUGUGUUGGUUAGUAAGUGUGGCAAAGAAUGCGUUUCUGUAGGCGCCAGUAUUUAAACGUGUAGACCCACUGAUCGACGCACGACAAUAAACCACAAUGACAACUAAACAAAGAGGACUACUUGUGCGGCUAUUUUGGACCAUGCAUUGCUGGCAUGGAUUAAGGCCACAAAACUGCAGCUACUGCGCCGAGAUGGCUGAAGACCCCGCCUUACGUUGCUAAAAGAGGAGGCUUUAUCACCCAAACCCGGCAGUUCUUUGAUUAUCAACCGUGUGGCUUGGCAGUCAGUCUUAAGCACGCACAUAUCCUCCCGCGAUCGAUCCAUCGACCAAUUGGUGUAAUACAGUCAGUUGAGUACUAAUAUAAGAGGACGUUUGCUGACCAUGGAAAAGCAGGCGUCCGGCUAGUGAAAGCAAAGGUGUAGAUAGCUGGUGACGGGACGAUGACACAAAUGAAUGCUCUCCCUCUCUAGAGCGUCCACCUCGUCCUUACAUGCUACCACACUCGCCAUAUGUAUGGAUUAUAUGGGGCGUGCAUAUCUGAUGGCGCCUGUGCACGCUGGCUAGCAUAUAAGUCAAUGAAUGAUUUCCCCAGAUAGAAGCACCCCACUUCCUUAUAGGUAUCAAAGGUGACGGGAGUGCAGAAGAAAUAGGCCCCGAAAAUCGCACAUCACAAAGCACAUUUUAUUAGCGCUUACGUCCUGCUUACACCUAUUUGAUAUUUAUUAAAUAGCUGAAUUAUCGCAGAACAUUUGCCUAAGUGAACAUCAAAGGAAUAUUUCUAAACGAGAUCAACUAUUUGGUUUUUAGUCCAAACAUAGAAUCGAUGGUAUUUACUUAGUACGAACUUUGAGUAUAUUCGCUUAUAAUAAUUGUCCCGGAAAAACUUUGCAGUCAUCUAAGAUCCUCGAACUUAGCCGUCGGGAUCCGUAUCGAAUGCAGGCGAAGAUAUUCGAGCACGCAGAGCGUCUGACACUCAUUGUGUUUGUAAUAAUAGGUAUGACUGAGGAUUUCCAUAUCCAUGGGACCUUGUAACACCUUUAAAACGUAUUAGCCUGUGUAAACAGCGAUGACUAAGCCAGGACAAAUUGAAAUGCUGGAAAAUAGUUCAAGCACACAUUUACACACAUAUAUAAAUUACUGGACUUACAUCGAUUAAUGCGAAGGGCAUUUUCGCAAAAAGCUGAAAACUUAAAUCUGUGGGAAACACAUGACAUGUGUUUUGAAAGGUUAUCUCUGAUGGCCUUAGUAGCAAUAAUAUCUGUGAAAUAGCCAGAAACUUAUAGCUGCCGAGGAAGACAGUUCAUGGAGGUUAUAAAAAAUCCUGAACGAUAUUCUUUAAGGUUGCGAGAAUCAAAAUAAUUACAUUUCUAUAUAUUUCUAUCUUACACAUUUUAUUAUAAUAAUUGCUCAGGGCAGCACUUACAGAACUGUGUGACCUUGAGGAUCGUAUCUUCUAUAUUCGAGGUUGUUUUAUUUCGCAUAUGGGAUAAAGCGAAUACUUCCAAUGUAUAGUAAGGAAAACCUGUGCAUAAUUUGAAAAAUAGUACACUCAUUGGCUUCAUUAGCCACCGUAAAGGCAAGAUGUUACACAAUAGUUGUUAACGGACAUUUACGAUGCAACAACAGUCCUUGAGAGGCAGCUUUAAAAUACGUACACUACGUGCUCUCUUCUGUAAGUCGACAAAAGAGGGAGAAUGCUUUGCUACAAGAGAAACAACAGAACUGGGAAAGAAUUGUCUCAACGACGAUGACAGAUAAAUCUAAACAAAAUAAUCACUAUGAUAAGCGAUGAAUAACACUUUUACAGAUUAGAUUCGGCAUCCGCUCUGAACUGAUGCCUUAUAUAUACACACAUAUAUAUCCCUUCUAGCUAAUCCAGUAAUACGAAAUACACGACUUAUACAUCUGCGUAGAACAUUAUUUCUAGACAAAUGAAUUUAGCAGCUACAACAACAAGAGAGUCAAACAUCAAUAGCUUUAAAAAAGUGAGAGAAAGUGACGACUGGGACAUCGUACAGUUUCGACGAUUAACUCAAUUUUUCAGUAAAAUGAAAUGUGUAAUCAAUGAAGCAGUAGCAAAUUCUUCAAGUGUACAUAUAAUUAGUAUAGCGAUUCAAACUGUAAUCUAAAAAAAGCAAGCAAAACACGGUGAUGCUAUUGGCGAAGAUAAGAUAGAAAGACUAGCAAAACACAUGUGAAAUGUUCCUUCACAUGUCGUCUUGCAAAGACUGCCAUGAUAAUACAACAUUGAUCUGCACCACAACACACACACAGACAUCGUUUUCUGCAUAUAUAUAUAUAUAUAUAUAGAAAAUGAUGUAUGCAGAAAAGUCUACAGUGGUGUACUAUAUGUUGUAUAUCCGUGGCAAAUUUGCGUUACGACUAAAUGAACGAAAGAUUUACUUUUAAAGAAUUUUUCGAAUGAUUUAAAAUAAUUUAAAAAAAUCAUAAUGCACGUAUACGUGAGUGACGAUAAUAGAAAGGUGAGGUAACUUAAUUAUAGCUACUGCAAGAAGGUGUGUGAUAUUUCUUAUCGUGGACGAAUAACAGACAUCAAUGAAUUAUAUCUUUAAGACACCAUAUAAAUGAGAUACGUAACAAUUGUUUUUAUAGAGUAUCUAGCAUAUAAUGGACUCCCUAUAUGUGUACUGAUGUGCCUUCAAUGUGUGACAUAUGUUAAAUAUCUAAGUAGUAAUGAUAUCGUAUGGCAUCAUCCAUUGCUACCUUCUGACGUAUCAGAGGCAUUAAUACUUGUACCAUCCGUGGUGAAGAUAUUCUAAUACACAUGUGCAGCUACAAACCUUAUUAUAUUUGUAUGCUACGCUACAGGUUUACUUACGAAAUACAUGGACCGAAAAGGUCUCCGAUAUACAAAUCUAUGCAUGCACACAUACAUAGGAAAUUCAAUUUUGGUUACCAUAUGGUAACAAACGCCAUGCGGUAGAAUUUUUAAGGAAGGAAUGAUGAUAUUAUAUAUUAUAACGUCGAAAUGAAAAUGAUGGCAAGCGUUUUAUGAGAACAAAGUUUAGUUUUAGCUUCGUUUCUCUGUGAGUGAGUUUGACUGGUAAGAUGAUGGUGCAUCGCAUACAUAUACAGCCAAAUACAAUAACACACAUUGCUAUACUGUUUAAUGUAUGUCUAAGAAUUACUGUGCAAGGCUUUGGCCUGAAAGCAGAGCUAACGACUGCUAGAGGUUAUGGUAGUUAGUUGUUAAAAAUCCAUAGGUCAUAUGGAACGGACUACUGGUUCUAGUAAAAUUUCAUUGAAACAUGCUCAAAACGUAAUUAUCUAGAGGAAAAAAUUAUUUUUUUCAAAGGCCUCCAUGAAACAAAAUUAUGUUUCUUGAGCCAAUGAGUAGAGAUGAAAUAAAUCGUGUUACAUAUAAUAAAUUAUAAUUGCUUUUUGCUUCUAGAACCUAUAUAAACAGGCUAACAAACAGCUCAGGGUAAAGACGUAUAUGUUCUAAGGUUUGGGGUUCCCUAUUUGACGAUAGGCUCACCAGAUUAGCCGCUAGCUAGUUUCUGCUGAGUUGAAUAAUAAGAUCUUGAGACACAAAUAGUAGGACCUAUUAAGAUGUUAGUCGCAUAAUACACUGUUCAAACAAUAUUCGGACUAAGCAAAAAAAAAGUCACGCGUCCCACUUUCGUGCCGUCCAGCGUCAUUCGGUUUUCAUGUUAUUCGAUCCGAUAUAUCUCCUGUAUCGAAGAACCUGUGACCGCUCGUUAACUAUAUAUCCAUAUACACACAACUAUGAAUCUCCCGCGUAUUUUAGCAACUACUUAGUGUUCUAGGGCCCACUAUCAGUAGUUGUCUAGAGUACAUAUAGAUAUUAUUAAACAUUUACAAUAGUUUUUUAAGGUAGUUGUAUGUUCUUUUAUAUUAAACAGGUUCGAAUGCCUCAAAAUCAAAAUUACGUUCUUUUUCUAUGUACAAAGGAGCUGAACGGAGUAUUUUUAAUAUAAAAAAGACAAAGUAGAAGGCUAUCGCGAAUAAUAUAGCAGCGCUGCGUUGAAGAUGUACAUGAUCCGAAAACUAACUUCGCUAUUCUGAUGUUUCCUAUACAUGAAAAAGCUAAUCAACCAAUCGCUAGUUUCCAGUUGGCGCGGUGUCCCUAUAACCAUUGAUGUGAGCCUAUGCCUUGAUGCUGGUUUUCAAUGAACCAGCUGGUAAAUUCGCUUCUUUAUUGACUUCUACUUUUGAGACCAAAAUGUCUAGAGUUAAAGGGAAACGCUCAAAACUGGCUUUAAAAUCCAUUUUGAUUUCCGUACUUCUUUUCACAGGACAGCUGACAUUACUUACUCGUAUAACUGACGGAGUUGUGUAAAAAAGAAUUUUGCUGGCUUCAGGAAUGUAGAGUUCAAGCUUUUCCGCAAGUGGAUGAUACAUUGAAGUCGGCGCAUGACUUAUGACUAACCGUACGACCAUGUGAAGACUACGAUACAUUCUACAGCUGAAAGUAGUAAAGGUCAGCCGUAUUUUGAGGCACAUGUAUAAACGAAGGAAACAAGCGCUGUUUUUUGAUGUGACAACCAAUACUGAUUCGCCGGAACGUUGAGUAAGGGUCCCCAAAAAUGACAAACAAUACGCCGUUCUAUAAACGCAUUUCUGAAUGGCUAAUUGUGCUUCUAAGAUAGAUGAGACACUGAACACACCUAUUAGGUUACUACACGUGACUUCGCAAUUUAAAUCAAGCUUAUGCAAUUUCAUCAGCACAUCUUCUUAAUAAUGCAGCCUGAAUAAGUUCUUAGUAAAUAACUACCCUCAACUGAGUUAAUAACCUCAAUUAGGAACAUCUUAUUUAAAUAGCAGUAGGGUUUGAAUAAUGCGUAAUCUAAUAUACGUAUGCCUCCGUAUUAUCUCAGACACACUAACGUGUUUCCCGAUAUUUAAUUACGAAAAUAAUUCUUUUCUUUGCUGAUACAAGCAAGCGUAGUUUAGUUGGUCUAAUUUUAUAUUUGGGAACCAUAUAUGGACUUCUCCAUGUCAUAUCUUUUCACCUUGGCAUAAAUUAUUACAUUCGUAUUAAGAAAUACUAGGUCAUUAUCUUCCAAGUGACCCGAAGUACUGUCGACAUGCAAAUGCGUCCAACGGCGCAGAUUGUUUUCAAAGCUCUAUGGGGCAAAGAGCGAUGUGCCCGCUAACAAAUGGAUCAGUUAGGGCCAUUUUCAUCUGUAACAAGUAGACGGAACUAAGCGGAAGGACUUCCAGUAAAAAAGAUUGGUUACAAGCAUUUAGAAUACCAUUGGUCUUCGUUGUUUGCUUGUCUAACUAGUAUAUAUUCGAAGAAAUCAGUUUUGUCAUAUUUAGUGUUCCGGUUUACUCAUUAAUAUAAGCAUCCUAUAAUUGAGCAAUGAAUUUUUGAUACGAUAAGUCGAGACGAGAAGGCGACGGGAAAGUAGAAUAUGCUAUGGGAACAACAUUGUGAUUCUUAGACAUUACGGGUAAUCUUGCUUGCAUUACAUCAGUUUUGGAGAGACCUAGUUAGAUGCACUUAAGAUGUUAGUUAAGAUAGUUAGAUGCAUAAGUUACUAUAUAUCGCCUAGCGGUGCGCUCAAAAUCUUUGAUAGGUAAAGAAACGUGCAGGUGGUCCUAUAUAUUAAUCUUGGGCAACUCUAACCGGAACUGAUGCAAUCCGUACUGUGCAUUUCGUAUAUACACCUCCGCAACGGUUCAGAAGAUGUGACGUAAAUAGUUUACUUGUUCACCCAAAUCUUAAUUUUAGAAUUCCCGCACAAUCAAAUGCACGCCACAUUUAUUUGGGUUCGAUUCGUAAAGUCAACUAUCUGCAAGCACCCCUUCCACUAUGUGAUAUGCCAUGGGGAAGCAAAAACAACGAGCUUUCGUAGACCCUUUUAGCAAGUGAUGAUUUAGUAUUUAAUUAGAAGCUAGUUCUUAGACUACCAAUUAAGCGGUUUCAUUUAUAUGAUUCAUAUACCUAUUACUCAAUUCCAUAUACCUAUUAUUCAACUAUAGUUUAACAAUACAUAGGGCUUUUCCUAAACCAUUGUUGUUUUUUUAUUCGAAAAACCCUAUCAUAUUCAUAUAAUGGCCACUUCAGUAACAUUCUUCAAAGCCAGCACUUUUACACUUUUCCUUCCUGAUAAUUAAUUCUAAUGUCGAUAAUGCGCAGUGAAUUUUUCGUUAUUAUAAAUUGCCAUUAAAUAUUUAAUUCGUCGGUAGCUUGCAUCAGUACUCAACCAUCAACUCUGUCACCUUCCCCUAGGAUUUGAUCUAAACGUUUCCUUGAUUGGUUAAAUAUACCGUUCGACUUACUACAGCGAUUCAAAUUCAUAAGCCAAAUAAUAAAUAAAGCUAUAAUGUAUAAUCCACAUAAAACAUUUU